UCUUCUUCCUCUCUCAAAUCCAGAUUUGGGUUUCAUCACAUAAAAUUAACGAUAUGAAGAAGUUGGGUUUCCGUAACUUUGUUAACAUGGAUUUUUAUAGAGAAGUUUGAUCUUGUUAAAAACUUCUCUACAAAAAUCCACCACAACAUGGUCGGAACCUCGUCUAAACGGCUUUGCCCUUGCAAUGUUUUCACAAGACGACUCCUCUGCAGAAAAUGGCGACAAGGACGCUCGAGUAGCCACUGGAACGGAACAGAAAUGCUGGAUUUUAACUCCACUGAACAAAGAUUUGGGAAUUGGAGAUAUGGGUUUUGUGAGGAAAGUAACUGUUGUUGGAGAAAGAAUUGAGAGGCUCAGCAUCUUGGGUUGCUUCGCUUAUGCCCACCACUCUAGCUUGGUUCCGGUACCUGUCCUUUGUUCUAUAAUGUAGAUAAGGUUAUCGCCUCCGACGGUCACUCGCUCCCUGCUUUCUAAAGGAGUUUAGUUUAUUGUAUUUUGAAAAACUUAUCUAAAAUCAAUCCCUUUAAAUGCC